GCAUACAUCUAAAGAUUCGAUGUGACGGGAAAUCUGAAAAAAUUUGCAAAUUUUUUGAGAAACUAAACAAGCUGGACAUGGUAAUAGAACCCACUGGAGAUCAUUCAAUCGGACGUCUUCCACAAAGUAAAGUGCUGCGGUGGACGACCAAGCGUCGCUGUUGGUUAGGUCAGUUUUAAUAAAAUUUUAUAAAAAUUUCAUGCAUAUUAAAUAUGUUGAUGUGACGCUAUAGUAACGAAGAGGGAUUGAUAAGAGUUUUACGAGAAUAGAAAAACUUUUAUAUAUUAUUUUCAAAAUAUAAAUGUGUUAAAAUCUAGGCUAUAAAACUCUACUAAAAAUAGCCACGGUUUUACAGUCGUUAGUAUCACGUGUACGACGCUCACGAGAUGUCGCUAGCCAGAUAGAUAGAGAUAGCCGCAUCAGCCGUGCACGCACGCACACGUAGGCGCGCUCGUGCAGGUUACACACGUUCCGGCCUGGACAGUGGACACCGCUGUGCAUGCUACACGUACGUACACUGCUUGUGUUACGUAUUCGAAAGCCGUCCGGCCGGUCCAACUUUUGGGCGUUGCCAGAUCGAGUUGGUGGACCGUCAACUGCAUGCAGCCACCUACUAGCAGCCGCGAAGGACACUACUCGUACUUGGCUUCUAUUCUACAGGCGCCUUGGUCGUCGUCUCCAACAGAGACGGCUCCGGCGGCUAUCGGCAGUACUGCUCACUGUGAGGUUCAUGCAUGCAUGACUAGUAGACACUUUUUUUAAAAAAAAACAAAAAAAAAAGAAACGAACAGAUGUCGUUUGAAAAAUAACAAAGGAAAUAUUAAGCAAGUAAAACAAAGAUAUUUGGGUCUCCAAAGGCUCUAAAAUGAAAUUUAGUGCUAAUCAAACACGGUUUGUAUUGAAUUUUCUUAAAAUUUUGCACAGUUGGCAAAGGAUAAUAAUAAUACAACGAAUCAAUUCAUUUCUCGGAAAUAAUAGUGAAUACAUGGGGGGGAACGUUUUGUCAUCAAAAGAUCUUUAUAGAAGAGUAACGUUUUGUCACCGGCGGCGCCGCCUGCUGCAACGGCAACGGCGCCGUCCGCGGGCCGCACGUGGCGAUGCUAGCGACGCCGGGAAUGGGUCACCUGAUCCCGCUAGCGGAGCUAGCGAAGCGGCUGGCGUCGCGGCACGGAGCCACGGCGACGCUCAUCACGUUCGCGUCCACGGCGUCGGCGACGCAGCGCGCGUUCCUGGCGUCGCUCCCGCCCGCGGUGACCUCGCUCUCGCUCCCGCCCGUCGACCUCUCCGACCUGCCCCGCGGCGCCGCCAUCGAGACGCUCAUGUCCGAGGAGUGCGCGCGCUCUGUCCCGGCGCUCACGUCCAUCCUCCUCGACCUCAAGCGGACCACGGGGGGCCGCCUGGCGGCGUUCGUGGCGGACCUGUUCGGCGCCGACUCCCUGGACGCGGCGCGCGCGGCCGGGGUGCGACGGCGGUGCAUCUUCUUCCCCACCAACCUCCACGCGCUCACGCUCAUGCUCCACCUCCCCGAGCUCGACGCCUCGGUGUCGUGCGAGUUCCGGGACCUCCCGGAGCCGCUGCGGCUCCCCGGGUGCGUGCCUAUCCCGGGUCCCGACAUCCUGAUGCCGCUGCAGGACAAGGCCAACCCGUGCUACCGCUGGAUGGUGCACCACGGCGGCAAGUACCGGGACGCCGACGCCAUCCUCGUCAACUCCUUCGACGCCGUCGAGCCGGGCCCCGCCAAGAUCCUGCGCCAGCCGGCAGCGGACCACCGCCCCGUCGUGUACCCGAUCGGCCCGCUCAUCCACGCCGACGGACGCAAGGACGAGAAGGACGCGCUGUGCCUGGAGUGGCUGGACCGGCAGCCGGCGAGGUCGGUGAUGUUCGUGUCGUUUGGUUCCGGCGGCGCGCUGCCGACGGAGGAGAUGCGGGAGCUGGCGCUGGGGCUGGAGCUCAGCGGGCAGCGGUUCCUGUGGGUGGUGCGGAGCCCCAGCGACGAGGGCGCCGUCAACGACAACUACUACGACGCCGAGAGCAAGAAGGACCCCUUCGCCUACCUCCCGGAGGGAUUCGUGGACCGCGUCACCGCCACCGGCGUGGGGCUGGUCGUCCCGUCCUGGGCGCCGCAGACCAAGGUGCUGGCGCACGCCGCCACGGGCGGGUUCCUCACCCACUGCGGCUGGAACUCCGUGCUCGAGAGCCUCGUCUACGGCGUGCCCAUGGUGGCGUGGCCGCUCUUCGCCGAGCAGCGGCAGAACGCCGUGAUGCUCUCCGACGGCGUCGGCGCCGCGCUCCGGGUACCCGAGUCGUCCAAGGGGAGGGAGGAGAUCGCGGCCACGGUGCGGGAGGUGAUGCAGGGGGAAGGGAAGGGCGCCGCGGUCAGGGCGAAGGUGGCCGAGCUGCAGAAGGCCGCCGCUGAGGGCCUCCGCGACGGCGGCGCCGCCGCCACCGCGCUGGCCGAGGUGGUGGAGGGGUGGACGACGACAGGUGGACAAGAGGAGGACUAGGUGAUGGUGAAUGGUGAUGCUGACGCGAUUGGCGCCUAGCGAUCCUCCUCGUCAUCCACCUACUUAGGCCGGGCCCACCGUUUAUUUUGGCCCUUGUGUAUGUUGUGUCCUUGGUCUUGUCUACUCACAUGCUCGCUGUAUGAAAAAAAUAUGUAACUAUCAUCCAAUCCAAUGCAGUCCUGCUCUUUGGCAGUUUAGUAGUAGAGUAUAGACAGAUAGGUAAUUCGUGUGGUGAUGAUACUAUAAUAAGAUAAGAAGGCUACCAAUUUUAUAUA